UGAAUUACACACGCACAUCAUAAGAAGAAAUUUGGACAGGUUGAAUAACAAGUUGGAAAGCUCUUCAUAUCAUACUACUUGAAAAAACCCACGAGGAACGACUGCCUACAGUAGAGCCAGAGCGAUGAGGAACGUAGUCUUGUGUGUCGGACUGGCGAUGGUGAUAGCUGUGUCAGCAGCUGUAUCUAACGGCGGGAAAACGGACAACGUAGGUACUGUGAUCGGGAUAGACCUCGGGACCACGUACUCAUGUGUCGGAGUGUUCAAGAACGGAGGCGUAGAAAUCAUUGCUAACGACCAGGGAAACCGUAUCACACCCUCAUAUGUGGCCUUCACCGAUGGAGGUGAACGUCUGAUUGGAGACGCCGCAAAGAAUCAGCUGACCAGCAAUCCUGAGCACACCAUCUUUGACGUCAAACGCAUGAUUGGUCGAACCUGGGACGACAAGUCAGUCCAGAAUGACAUCAAGACAUAUCCUUUUAAAGUUGUAAACAAGGGUAACAAGCCCCACUUAGAAACCUCCAUUGCUGAUGUGAAAAAGACGUUUGCCCCAGAAGAGAUAUCAGCCAUGGUAUUGUCCAAAAUGAAGGAGAUAGCCGAGAGCUACCUUGGUGAGACGGUACACAAUGCCGUAGUCACAGUGCCAGCCUACUUCAAUGAUGCCCAGAGACAGGCCACGAAGGACGCCGGUGUCAUAGCGGGCCUCAACGUCAUGAGGAUCAUUAACGAACCAACUGCUGCAGCUAUCGCAUACGGUCUUGAUAAGCAGGACUCGGAGAAAAACAUCCUGGUGUUCGACCUUGGAGGCGGCACGUUUGACGUAUCCGUCCUGACCAUAGACCAAGGUGUGUUCGAGGUCUUGUCCACCAAUGGCGAUACUCACCUGGGCGGGGAGGACUUUGAUCUGCGCGUGAUGGACCAUUUCUUCAAGGUGAUAAAGAAGAGGACUGGUAAAGACAUACGACAGGAUUCCAGGGCUGUACAGAAACUGCGUCGUGAGGUGGAGAAGGCCAAGAGAACACUGUCCUCCCAGCAUCAGACCAGAAUUGAGAUCGAGUCUCUUUUUGACGGAGAAGACUUCUCAGAGACACUCACCAGGGCCAAGUUUGAGGAGCUCAAUAUGGACUUAUUCCGAAAUACACUUAAACCCGUAAAAAUGGCCCUGAAGGACGCCCAUUUAGAGAAAAACGAGAUAGACGAGAUCGUGCUGGUGGGCGGGUCCACUCGGAUCCCUAAGGUUCAGCAACUGAUUAAGGAUUUCUUUGACGGAAAGGAGCCGAGCCGUGGAGUAAACCCUGACGAGGCCGUGGCUCAAGGGGCAGCUAUCCAGGGCUGUAUUCUGAGCGGAGACGGGUGCAGUACCAACUUAGUGGUGGUGGACAUAAACCCCCUUACCCUCGGUAUCGAGACGGUCGGCGGGGUCAUGACUACACUCAUACCACGAAACAGACCUGUUCCUAAUAAGAAAUCACAGAUAUUUUCGACCGCCGCUGACAACCAACCAACCGUGACUAUUUCCAUAUACGAAGGCGAGCGAGCCAUGACCAAGGAUAAUCAUUUGUUGGGAAAGUUUGAUCUGACGGGGAUCCCACCAGCUCCAAGGGGUAUCCCUCAAAUAGAAGUCACAUUUGAAAUCGAUGUUAACGGAAUUCUGAAGGUAACAGCCGAGGAUAAAGGAACAGGAAUCAAGAAUGAAAUAGUUAUUCAGAAUAAUAAUGACAGACUGUCACCCGGUGAUAUAGAACGGAUGAUAACAGAGGCGGAAAGAUUUGCCGACGAGGACAAACAAGUGAAAGAGAGGGUAAACGCUAAACAUGAACUUGAAAGCUACGUUUAUUCAUUAAAAAAUCAGAUUGACGAUAAAGAUAAGCUUGGCGGUAAACUCGGUGAGGAAGAUAUGUCAACACUUAUAGAGGCCAUAAAGAAAGCAAUUCAAUGGUUCGAAAGUCAUUCGGACGCAGAUACAGAGGAUUUCAAAUCACAGAAGAAGGAGCUAGAAGAUAUCGUGCAUCCGAUCAUGAGUAAGUUGUACCAGAGUACAGGAGGAGCGCCGCCCCCACAGGAAGAGGGGGAUUAUGUGGAUCAUCCAGAGCUAUAACGCAAUCGUUGGUGCAGCUGAGUGCAUACAACAGUGUAUAAAUGUAUAUUGAUAUAUUUUAAUGUGCUCGUUAAAUAUUGUUAUCUAUUGUUAAAUUUCAACAUACAUAUCCGAGAACACCACAUUCUCAUUAGUGAUUUGAAUGUGUGAAUGAUGAUCCAUUGUUUUUGUUGACAUGCUCCUUUUUCUCUUUCUUAAACUGUGAUAUUUAUGCGAUUUUACUCAAUGGAGGCUGUCUAUGUUAAAUGUUGCUGUUUCUGACGAGGUGUCUUAUACAUACACGAUGGAUCGAACACCUCCUGUUUGAAUGGGCGUAUAAAACAGAUGUUUGUCGAUAUCUUUAAUACUAUUUUUACGUUUAUAUAUGAUUUGUUACGAAA